UUUUUAAUGCAUUAAAUUCAAUGUCAAUAAUACAUGUAUAUUACAGACUGUAUUGUAAUAAAACUGAGUGAAGAUUAUCACCAAAAAUAUCGACAAUUAGAUAGACUUUUGUGGAAAAUUACUGUAAAUUUUUGACAUAAAUUAAUAGCAAACAAAAAAAAGUUGAUUCAAUUGAUUCAUACAUUUGUUUCCAACAAAAAUAGGUUCAACCGAUCGGUUCAUAAAAUCAAUCAGUUUUUGAAUCCACAGAAUAUUGCAAUCAAUUCAACGAUUAUCCAUAAAAAUGGUCCGAAAAUUCUUUGUCGGCGGAAACUGGAAGAUGAAUGGAGGAAAAGCACUGAACAAUGAAAUUAUUCAGACAUUAGUCAACGGACCACUUGAUGACGGAACCGAGGUAGUGGUAUCUGUUCCCAGUAUUUACUUGUCUGAAGUUAGGCGACAAUUGCCCGAAAAGAUUGGUGUUUCGGCUCAGAAUGCAUACAAAGUAUCGAAGGGCGCCUUCACCGGUGAGAUCAGUCCAGCAAUGCUUAAAGAUAUCGGAAUCAAUUGGGUUCUAUUGGGACACUCAGAGAGACGCAAUGUCUUCGGCGAAACUGAUGAAUUGAUUGCCGAUAAAGUUGGUCACGCAUUGGAUGAAGGCUUAAAAGUAAUCGCAUGUAUCGGUGAACUGUUGGAUGAAAGAGAGGCGGGAAAGACAACAGAUGUCGUGUUCAGACAAACUAAGGCCAUCGCUGCCAAAGUAAAAGACUGGAAUCAAGUGGUGUUGGCCUACGAGCCCGUGUGGGCCAUCGGAACGGGUAAAACGGCAUCACCGGCUCAGGCACAAGAAGUUCAUCUACAAUUGCGCGAAUGGCUUAAGACUAAUGUAUCGCCAGCAGUGGCUGAGUCCACCCGAAUCAUAUACGGCGGUUCGGUAACCGGUGGAAACGCUAAAGAGUUGGCCCAAGAGAAAGAUGUCGACGGAUUUCUUGUUGGCGGCGCUUCACUGAAGCCAGAGUUCGUCCAAAUAGUCAACGCUAAAGUCUAACUAUAUAUAUAUAUAUAUAUAUAUUUGAAUUUAAUCAAAUCUAACUAUGCU